GGGUUUUAUUAGUUAGACAUGACUGUAAGUUCAUAGUGACCCGUGAAUCAAUCAUAUUCAGCCACCAUGCAAGAGUCUAACAUGAAAUAACAUUGCUACGAACCAUCCUGAUGUCUUGUGCAACUAUUUCUUAACUUCUUGGAAGUUUCUACUUAUUAGAACCAAGGCCUGGAGGGUCACUUCUUCAUAUAGUUCAAGUGCAUGCCACAAUCAAACAUAACUAUCUAGCAUUUCUCAAUGUUAAUCAAGUUUCUCACCCUUUUUCUCCUGUUUACACAAUUAAACUGUUCAAAAACACAUACCUGGAUUAGAGCUGGUUACUGGUAUGUUGGUAAAGAAUUUCCGGUCCCUGAGAUUAACUCGGCUCUUUUCACUCACCUCAUAUGCGCCUUUGCUCAUCUCAACCCGAAUACCUAUGAGCUUUCUUUAUUAUCCGCAGACGAGCCUUACAUUUCUACCUUCACCAACAUAGUGAAGAGAAAGAACCCCUCAGUUAUAACACUCUUAUCUGCAUGGACUAGAGAUAAUAACUCAUCGACACUUCCUUUGAUGGUAACUCAAUCAUCUCGUAGAAGAUCUUUUAUUGAGUCCUCCAUAAACAUAGCCAGGAAGUAUGAAUUUCAAGGGCUAGAACUCUACGCGAACGCUAUACUGAGUAUGGGGAUUAACAUGACAAAUUUGGGAACCUUACUUGAUGAGUGGAGAGCUGCAAUAGAUUUGGAGGCAAAAACAUCUAAACAACCGCGACUAAUCUUGACUAUGUCAGGCUAUUACUCACCAAGGCAAAGUUCCACGAGUUACCCAAUUGACGCUCUAAGAAGAAACCUGGACUGGAUUACUAUUAAAGCAUAUGACUACCAUCUGCCUUCGAAAGAAAACUAUACAGCUGCUCAUGCUGCUUUGUAUGAUCCUUCAAGCCGAUUGAACACAGAUUAUGGUAUAAAGGAGUGGAUUAAGAGUGGAUUACCUGCUAACAAGUUGGUGCUGGGGUUAGCAUACCAUGGUUAUGCAUGGACACUAGUUAAUUCCACACACAAUUCCAUUGGCUCUCCAGCUAGAGGCCCGGCCCUCACAGAAGACGGAUCUAUGGCUUACUGGUACAUCAAGAAAUUCAUAAGUAGUUCCAGAGCUGCUUCCGAGUACAAUGCAACAUAUGUAGUAAAUUAUUGCACCAUAAAAUCUAAUUGGAUAGGAUAUGAUGACGUAGAUGCCAUCAAAACUAAAGUUGCUUAUGCAAAAGGUUUGGGUCUUCUUGGUUAUAAUGUUUGGCAAGUCCCUAAUGAUGACAACUGGAUGCUCUCCAAGGCAGCAGCUGGAUUGGAAGACAAACAUGCCAAGCGAAAAGGGUGGAUGCUGAUUGUUUGGCCUACAGCAGCUGUAAUUGCCUUUCUACUGGGCACCAUGAUGCUCCUGAGAAGAAAAGUUAGUAAAUUAAAAGUGAACCAGCUUUUAAAUAGAGGCAAAAAGUCAUCAUCUCCUGAUCUACAAGUAUUCAGUUUUGCUGUUAUGAAGGAAGCAACAAAUGAAUUUUCAAUGAACAAUAGGGUCGGAGAGGGUGGAUACGGACCUGUUUACAAGGGAAAACUGCAAGACGGACAGGAAAUAGCAGUGAAAAGACUAUCCCAAAAGUCCAAGCAGGGAGUUGAGGAGUUUGAGAAUGAGGUUGCACUUACAGCAAAACUACAACAUGUUAACUUGGUAAGACUGUUGGGGUUUUGCACAGAAAGAGAAGAAAAGAUGCUGAUCUACGAGUACAUGCCAAACAAAAGCUUGGAUUUUUACAUGUUUGAACCAACUGCAAGGUCAAUGGUCCAGUGGGAGAACUGGGUUCAUAUCAUUGAAGGGGUUAUUCAGGGGCUACUGUAUCUGCAGGAGUACUCAAGAUUAACAAUAAUUCACAGAGAUCUGAAAGCUAGCAACAUAUUACUGGAUGCAGCAAUGAGGCCAAAAAUAUCCGACUUCGGUAUAGCUAGAAGCUUCCAGAAAGAUGAAAUUGAAGGAAACACAACAAAGAUUGUUGGAACAUAUGGUUAUGUUCCUCCAGAGUACGUAAAAAAAGGAAUAUACUCCAGAAAAUAUGAUGUUUACAGCUUUGGAGUAAUACUACUGCAAAUUGUAAGUGGAAAGAAAUGUACACAUCUAUAUGGUGCAACUAGGAGGUUAAAUCUGCUGGAAUACGCAUAUGACUUAUGGAAAGCUGGAAAAGGCAUGGAGUUCAUGGACCCAUCGCUAAAUGAUACCACUUCAUCAUGUAAACUCUUAAGAUGCAUGCAAGUGGCUUUGUUGUGUGUUCAAGAAAAAUGGGCAGAAAGGCCAACUAUGUUAGAUAUUUCAUCAAUGCUCAGAAAUGAAACUGAAGUCAUACCUAUUCCAGAAAGGCCUGCAUUCUCAACUGACGGCAAUGGUGAAGCAAUGAGAUUUACCGCUGAAGAUGUAAUGUCGGUAGAUAUUGCAACUAUUUCUCAAGUGGUACCACGAUGAUGGUCCAUCUUAACUCCUUUUAGACGUCUUUUAUUCUUUCAAAUGCUACUCAAGCCUGGGUUUAUUGAAACUGAUAUUAAUACACAAGCCCCUUA